UAUAUGGCAGUUCCUUUUCUCUCCACGCCGAAACACACCAACAAGAGCAGCCGAGGAACACUGCUACCGAUCUUUUCUCUUCUUUUCUUUCCAUCGUAGUAAACAGUAUUCAGCAUUAUAAGUGCUCCCUACUUGAUACAUUUAUCCGAAGAACUCAAGGGUUUUUAUUCUCAAGAAGAAUAUCACUCUUUUCUUUUAUUUUCAUGGAUUCUUUUGAUUUCAAACAAUUUUCUUUCACAAAUGGAAUUGUUAGAUUAGAUUAGGUUAUUGCAUUUUGAUUUUUGAUUCCUUUAAUAAAAACGGGCUUUACAUUUCUUUCUUCUUCUUCUUAUUUUGUGUGUUCUUCUACAUGGAAUCUAAAAGACUUGCCUUGCCAGACCAGCUUCUUGCGCCCAGAAGGAAGCCAUUUCUGUUGUGGGUUGUUGCUUCUCUUAUAAUACUCUCUCUCUUCUUUCUCACUACUUCUUUCAAGGGUCGAAUUGUGACCCCUUUCUUUCAAGGCUUCAAUAGUGUUACUCGUAAUUCUUCUCUUGUUUCAUGGCCUUUCUCUCGUUUUCCUCCUUCCGAAAAUAGUACUGCCAGUCCCCCGUCUAGCGUGAUAGGGGUCGUUUUAGAGAAAACCUAUGUCGGCAAUUUCACUGAGAUUACUCAAAAUGGAAGUUUUGGUGAUGAAGCAACUUCUGUACCAAAAUCCCCUGAAGCAAAAAGUGGGAAUUUGACAGAUUCUAGCGGAGAUGGGGGGGUUUUAGAGAGGCCCCUUUUGGGUGUUAUUGAAGUUGGGAAUCACAGCCUUUCUAGCAAUGUGGAUGAUGCAGAUGCAAAGAGAAGCGCAGAAGGAAAAUCUGUAGAAAAUCUUAUUGCAGAAAAUAAAAAUGAGGGCAAUGAAGAAAAUGGUAGAUUCCCUGGUGGUGGAGGCGAACAAGGGGGCCAUAAUAAAGUUUCUUUUGAGAAAUGUGACAUAUUUGAUGGUAAGUGGGUGAGGGAUGAUUCGAAGCCAUACUAUCCUCCAGGCUCCUGUCCUUAUAUUGAUAAGGAUUUUGAUUGUCACCUAAAUGGGAGGCCAGAUGUUGGAUUUGUUAAAUGGAAAUGGCAGCCAAAUGGGUGUGACAUUCCAAGUUUGAACGCAACUGAUUUUCUUGAGAGAUUAAGAGGAAAGAAGCUGGUUUUUGUUGGGGAUUCACUUAAUAGGAACAUGUGGGAGUCUCUGGUGUGCAUCCUUAGCAAUAGCAUCGGAAAGAAGAAACGAGUUUAUGAGAUAUCAGGAAGGAGGGAAUUCAAGAAGAAGGGUUUCUAUGCUUUUAGAUUUGAGGAUUACAACUGCACGGUGGAUUUUGUUAGUUCUCCAUUUCUUGUUAGAGAAUCAUCCUUCAAAAGUAAAAAUGGAACAUUUGAGACCUUAAGGUUGGAUUUGAUGGACCGGACAACUUCAAUGUACCAUGAUGCAGAUGUCAUAAUUUUUAAUACAGGUCAUUGGUGGACCCAUGAUAAAACUUCCAGAGGAGAAGACUAUUACCAGGAAGGUAAUCAUAUACACCGAAGACUCAAGGUCCUGGAAGCAUAUAAGAGAGCACUUUUGACUUGGGCAAGAUGGAUCGACAAGAACAUUGAUAGAAAUCGAACACUGGUUUUAUUCAAAGGUUAUUCAGUUACUCAUUUCAGAGGAGGCCAGUGGAACUCAGGAGGACGGUGUCACAAAGAAACAGAGCCAAUAUUUAAUACAGCUUACUUAGGAAAGUACCCUUCGAAAAUGAGAGCUUUCCAACAUGUGCUUCAAGAAACCAAAACUCCAGUUAUUUAUCUAAACAUAAGUAGGCUCACAGCCUAUAGAAAAGAUGCGCAUCCUUCUAUUUAUAGAAUGACGUACAAUACAGCAGAAGAACGAAUUGCUGCAGAGCGAUCUCAAGAUUGCAGUCAUUGGUGCUUACCUGGAGUACCAGAUACUUGGAAUGAGUUGCUAUAUGCUUCACUAUUGAAGGUCGGCCUGGGAUCUUGGAAAAAGUGAACAAGUUUGUGCAGAAACCAUGUGUCAGUCGAGAACUUGUAUUCUGUAGAUUAUCCCUUCACUAUAACCUCUGUUGUAAGUUUUUCAAUCAGGAUGUUGACGUCGAGCGGGAGAUAGAGUCACAAAUGCGCAUGUACAUUUUACUAGUCAUAUUACAAGCAAUGAAGACGCAAAUUCUCUUUAUUUGCAA